GAUAGACAUUAUAUUGCUGCGGACAGAGUCAAGGCAAGGGAAUAGUACUCCAGAUGACAACAGUGCUCGGACAGCAGUAGUCCAUACGCAAAACACUCGUUACAGCUAUAUGGUUCUCAUCAAGUAAUUGAGUCAAACAUCUCGGGCAGCGGAGUCCGAGGCGUGCUGUUUUCGUCGUUGUUUAGCUAGCUAGCCGGCAUGACUUCUUUGACUCAGCGGAGUUCAGGCCUCGUGCAGAGGAGGACCGAAGCCUCGCGCAACGCCGCCGUCAAAGACCGUCCGUCCGGUGAGGAGGACGACGAGCCCCGACGUGGAGACGAGCAGGACGACGACGAUACCGGAGACUCCAAAGAAACGCGUCUCACUUUGAUGGAAGAAGUGCUGUUGUUAGGACUCAAGGACCGAGAGGGCUAUACCUCAUUUUGGAACGACUGCAUUUCAUCAGGAUUGCGAGGGUGCAUGCUGAUUGAACUGGCCCUGCGAGGACGCCUUCAGUUGGAGGCCUGUGGCAUGAGGAGGAAAGGUCUGCUGGCCAGAAAGGUGAUUUGUAAGUCAGAUGCUCCAACAGGUGACGUGCUCCUGGAUGAAGCCCUAAAACACAUCAAAGACACCCAACCACCAGAGACUGUGCAGAGCUGGAUCGAACUGCUCAGUGGAGAGACGUGGAACCCCCUGAAGCUUCAUUAUCAACUGCGGAACGUCCGUGAGCGGCUGGCAAAAAACUUGGUGGAAAAAGGUGUCCUCACCACUGAGAAGCAGAACUUCCUGCUUUUUGAUAUGACCACACAUCCUCUGACCAACAACAACAUCAAGCAGCGCCUCAUCAAGAAGGUCCAAGAGGCUGUACUGGAAAAGUGGGUGAAUGACCCUCAUCGAAUGGACAAGCGGUUGCUUGCACUCAUCUUCUUAGCCCAUUCCUCUGACGUCCUGGAAAAUGCCUUCGCCCCGCUGCUAGACGACCAAUAUGACCUGGCCAUGAAGAGAGUGCGGCAGUUGCUGGAACUGGAGCCUGAGGGGGAGUGCAUGAAGUCCAGUACCAACGAGUUGUUGUGGGCUGUGGUAGCUGCCUUCACCAAAUGAGGCUACCACAAAGAGGACAGCAAGCAGUUGUGGCAUUCAAGUGGCAUUGUACACUGGGGCACUGACCUUAACAUGGUAACUUGACUGACUUGCAUUCCGUGCCUGGACUUUUGGAAUGGGCUGCACUCUUUUCUCACCCCUCCCCUUCCCUAAUUUUCUUUUCCUUCCAGAUAACUGUACUUCAUGUCCCCCCCCCCUGUCAUUUAUGUGUUCACUUUUGCUAAAAAAAAUACUAAGUCUCAUGGAACUUUGAAUGAAGUGGUUGGUGAUGAAGCCAGAGUCAAGAUGUCGAUACAUGUCUGCUUUCUUUUGGGUAUAUCUUUCAGACACACCUACGAGGUAUGUAUGGUGCAGGUUGCUCUAGGUACCAUCCUGACACAUGUACAAACCAUUUACAGGGCAUGAAAGGAAUGAAAGGUUAGCUGAUGAUUCUGAAAAGUCAAAUCUUCUACCAAAUGUGAUUGAAGUGUAUGGAUAUGAAGUAUUUGGUGUCACAGCCUUCUUUGACUUUCAUAUUAAGCACAGGGAGACAUCUAAUGCGGUUAUAUCCAAAAGUGUGAGUCAACUAAUAGAAUUAGAAUUUCAACUCAGUUGAUGCCUCUUAUUCCAUCCCAUCUAUCCAUCCUAUGUAUAUACCUGCCUAUCCUGUGCAGGGGGCAGGGGAAUCCCAGCCCACACUCUAGGCAAGAGGUGGGGUACAUCCCAGUAAAUCACGGGGCUGACACAUCGUGACGGGGCACUUGGAGAAAAUCCAAAUCCCACAAAGAAAGACCCCAUCUGCCUGCCGGAUUCGAAUAAGGAUUUUUUUGCCGUGAGGUGACAGUGCUGACUACUGAGCCACUGUGCUGCCAAACAUUCCAUCCCUUCUGGCCUAAUGUGUGGAAGAUCAUUCAUUUUGUCAACAGGACUGGGUCUAAGUCUGGACAUGCAUGGUAGCUUCCUGAGACAACAUAUAGGCCUUCCUUCCCAGGUAAAUCCGAGGAAGAUGGAGUGCUGAUUUGUUUUAGUUUCCUUGUUGGUUAGGUAGACAUCAGCCCUGUUCAAUAUUUUGGAAACACUUAAAAAAUGAAAAGCAAAAAUCUGGUGAACAUCAUUAGACAGACUUGUUAAGGGCGUGGUGUAAAAAGAUAGUAUUGGAAUUACACAAAUCGCUAAAUUCUGCAAACACUUAGAAAUACAAAGAGUGAUGGAGGAAACAAUUAAAUACUUAAUAUACAAAAUAUUAAUGAACCUCUCUGUCAUAAUUAAUUGAAAACAGGUCUCAGUGGUUUGUGGCCAAAAAUGUGUAGUAGUCUUUUUUUUUUUAAUUAUAACAACAUAUUGUUUUGGUGGAGGAUUGUUUCUCAUCUAGAUACACUGUCAUGUGUACAGGUCUAAUGUAAGUUAGGGUACAUUCUGGAAUCUAGUCUGAAUGGUAACAGUUGAAAGCUUAAGUAUCGUAGUCUGGAUCCAGUGCCAUGAUUUUCCAUUUUUGCCUGUAUCUCCUUGAUAAAAAAGUGUAAUUUAUUGGACUGGCAGUCUGCCAGCUAACACCGUGAACACUGGGGUAAAAUGGCUCUUUGCACGAGUGGCUGUUGAGAAUCAAACUGAAAUAUUUCAGUAGAAGAAACAAACUCAGGAAAGCGGACCCAAUCAAUGCCAGUUACUUUUUAUUAGCAGAAUUCAAAUACACAUAGUUUUCACUUAUUAGUGACUUUAAAUAGAAACACAAAUUAAGUAAUCCACAGGGUUUAACACAGCUUGGGCUUGGUUUACAAAUGAUUGAACACAUUCAAGUCAUUCACUCUAGACAUUUAGUGAUGUACACUAAUCUGAAGAUGAAUGUGAAUUCCAUCUCUAUCCCCAGUACAGCAAGAGGUCCAGAAUGUGUGUGUUUAGUUGCUUAAAAAAAAAAUUGGAUCAGACAAGCUGCUACCACAGCUCUCUCAAACAUGAAAAAAUAAAGUGCAACAAUAUCCCAAAUGGCCUCAUUUACAUUAUUACAUUCAUAUAUAUUUUCUCCAUUUAAACAUACAAAAAACCCCAGAAAUGUUUAAAUAUGGAGUUUUUACUGAUUGCGCAGUGACUCCACACAAGAUCUGAAAAGUCCUGCCCUUGUAGUGGAGGUUGGAACCCCAAUCUAUUGUCAGCUAAUCAAAUCUCUGAGUCAACUUGUUGACCAGCUGGGUAGUCCACUUAGAACAGACAGCUUCAGAGCUGUUGGACGGUGUAUUUUGUUAAUGGAGCUAGGCUAGCAGUUUCCCCCUCCUCCAGUCUUUGUGCUUAGCUAGGCUAAACAUAUUCCAGACUCAUCACUGUAUUGGAUGCGUGGAGUUGAAAGUGUUAUUGAUCUUCUCAUGUGAGCAUGGUCUUGAUGGCAAGCAACUGCAUUUCUUAAACUGUCAUCGAUGCUUUAAUGUGCAGACAGUCUUACUCUCAGAAUAAAUCCAUUGUAUUUAGCAAACAUUUGUAAAAAUCUGAUGGAUUAUGUAACACGCUCACCAAAGUCUGACCAGAAGAAUCAAAAUAUGGGCCCACAUUCCAUAAGUUGAUGUAUAUACGUGUGCAGCAGCUUAAUAGUCUGGCACAUUAGACAUUUUUAUUACAAUUGUACUAUCUGCUAUCUCAAAUCUGUGGUUCAGCUGCUUUCAGAAUGUUGGACAUUGUGCUUAAAACAUUCAAAGCCUUUUCAUCGCCAACCGUAUCUUGCUCUUAAUUUCAUAUUGCCUCAAUUUUAUGAAUUUUAUUUUCACAUUUGUUUAACUGUUCUCUGUUUUAACAAAACUUUUGCUACUCAUCCUCAUGGAUGUUGUGAAAGACUUUGCUUUACUACAGAUAGCCUCUUUCUGAUCUUGUAUGUAGCAAAAAAGCAGGGAGUGAUUAGUCAGUGAUUGUGGGGGAAGAUGAGAGGUGACCAAGAGGUUUAUGCAUCAGAAAAUCACCUCAAAUUGUGGAGUGAAUAUGAGAGAUUAUAUAUGUUAUCUAAAUAAAGGGACCUCUAGUCUGUGUA